AUGGCGUUCGAUGCGCAUAUGGCGGACAAGCAUCCGCCUACUUUCGACUGUACGAUAUGCAAUCGGAGCUACCAUGCGCUGUUUGCACUGGAGGACCACUAUCGAGGAUCCGCUGCACACCCUAAUUGUGUGCGCUGCGGUCGCGGCUUUAAGGACGCGUUGGCCUGUGAAGAGCACCAAAAUAAUGAACAUGGGGACAAUUUUGCCUCGCACUCCACAGAUUCUGUAGUCUCAUCGGUGUCCUCUAACUUUGUCACCACCCCACCAGCCAUACCAAGUGACGAUGAUCCUUCAACUAAAGAAAACAAUGAGUUGGAAUCUUUAGAUUCAGCCGAAAAAAUGGUUUUAGAUUGCACGAAUGCCAGUGACAUAUCUCCCACCAGCUCACAGGGCAGUGUCCAGGAGCUCAUUCCACAGAUAGAGCAAGGAGAUACCUCCCCAAUCGAUUUGCAGGUCGAUUUCCGGGUCUCUUCACCACUGACACAGGUGACUCCUCCAUUCAGUCCGAUGUCACCUAGCUUGCUUCCCCGACCGGGAACAGACAUUGAACAAUAUUGGACGUCUCGACAGAAUAUUAGCGCCUCGCGUCGCGUACUGCCCCUUACCAAUGGUGUUACGACGAGGAUAGAGAAUCCUCUCUCCCCUGGACCUGGGACAUGGUUCGGGAACCGGCUUCCUCCCAGACAAUCGUUAUUGCCACCUGUGGCUCUUCAACCGACAAUCAAUUCGCCUUCCCUUCUCCCUUCGCCUCCAAUCUCCGCUCAGAGGCCAGAUUUUACUUCACGUCUCUAUCCCGGGAGCGUUCGGCAGCACCUGAGAAUGCAAAAUGAGGCUUUGGGAAGACAACGGAUGCCUGGAUCCGAUACUAGGCAGUGGGAUUUUCACUCAAGGGAUCUCACUUCCAGCCAUACUCUUACGAGGUAUCGAGGUUUGGGAAAGCCUGAUGAAUCCAGGUGGACCCUGCCACUUAGAAGGGAGGAUGUGCCGCCAGUUGUAACAACUGGAGAUCGCCCGUCCAUUUUUUAUGAGACGUUAACACCGCGAGCCGGCACAAUUGCCUCAGAGGGAUCACCCCAAAGCUCUGACGAUAUUCUUCGCCAAUCCCCUGGCUCUAACAAAAACGAGACAGAUACAAGACCCACCUCUGCGUCUUCCACUCCGUGUAUUAGCCCGGUGAAAUACAAAAUAACCCCCAGCAGCGAUUGUCCGAGCCCCCGAUCUCCAGACGUGGUCUCCCCCAUAGGACUGGGUGUCCUCCCCUCGAUCUCGCCGCUCCCCACAACUCCGAUCGACUUAAUAGAUUUAGAUAUACCAGAAGCUCGUAAACCCCUUCCAGACUCUCCUAUUAGCUCGCGCACAAGCUCCCCCCCACAUACCAACAAUUCUACUAGCCAUGAAGUUGCGUCUUUUCUCGCUGCUUCAAAUACAGACCCUCUGGCGACCAACUCGCCACUUUCAACCUCGUCGACGAAGAGCUUCGCCACUUCGCCUCAGGAGCCCCUGAACUUCGCUCACCACUCACCCCCCGCGCAAACUCCUCCAAUCACGCCGGUUGCCCUGACAGUCGCUCGGACCACGAGCACGAGCACAAACACGAGCGUAACUUCCAAAUCCAAUCCAAACCCACUUCAUUGCAGGGUUUGCCUCGCAGACAGCUGCGACGAUAUCACGGCCAGCAUGUGCGGCCAUAUUUUUUGUAACAGAUGCAUCACGAAUGCCGUCAUCAAAACGAAUCGGUGCCCACGUGUAAACCGGUUUCCUACAAUGCCAGGCCCCGGUAGUCACAAGAAGUCAAAAUCAAAAGCUCCAAGAUCCCAGGAGAACGUUCGUCAAAUACGCAUGGCGGAGAUCGACAACGCGGAGGGUUGGAAUGCGAUAGUAACCUUGCUUUGCGAUCUUUUUCAACUCCCAGAUCUCACCUCUCGAACUGGAUUGAAGCAAGUGCACACCAAAUUCAACACCGUGUUCGCUAAAAUCGAGGAUGUUUACCAGAGAAACCCACAGAAUUACAAACUACGAGGCGGAAUAAUUGGGAUUUUCGCUAAAAUGUGUGUAGACUCCUUGUUGAGAGACAAGCUUUUCGAGAAAGGUGUCCUGGGAAUGAUCACGCCUCUUCUCGAGAUAGACGACACCCGUCAUUUGGCUCUACGUUGCCUCAGUACCAUCACCCACCACGGCGGCUCGAACGUUCGGAUCGAAAUCGCCAAAUACGCCAAUGUUCUCGCCAAACUUGUUAGAAACCUCCCCGACGAUGAAAAGGUCGCAGAGCUUGCAGUAUCGACCCUCGCGCAUUCCAUAACCGCUGUAACGGAUGGUUUCCCAAUUCCUGCCAGUCCAGCCGUCCUCAAAUCAAUAGACAUGGUCGAGGUUCUCAAAUCAGCACUCGAAGCUGUCAAAAGAUACCACAGCGACCCUCUCUCGCUCAUCGACCAUGCUAUCGAGCUAGUGUGCAUGUCGAGCAUGCAUACCUUGAAUGCAUUCAAGGCAUAUCCUCCUGCUAUCAACUUCAUGAUCGCUGGCCUUCGGAGCAAGGAUUGGGUUACCCGCGCUACAUGUCUAGGCGGAAUGCUCAGACUAUAUCAAUCUGAAGCAGAAGAGAAUCCGCGCAUUUUUGACACGAGGAAGCUGCUGACCUCAAUACGCCGUCGCAUUCCCGACCAUCUUAUUGACCUCCAGACGGACUACGGGUUCGCGCGAUGCGAAUUCUAUCUAUUGGCCAAGGCGUCGGGUGAAUUUCCCAAAGCAAUGAUGGCAUGUGUCCAAACCCACGACUUCCACGCGCUGGGAUUGAAACUGGUAGAGCUAAUCCUUGCGGCAGAGUUUUCUGUCGUAGAAGGUACGUUCGACGCUGAGGACCCAGUGACUGGAAAACGUCUGAACGACAACGCUGGGCUCCCGUUCAAAAUGUGGUCUGAAUCGCUUCCUUUCUGCGCCCAAGUUAUCCGGAAGCUGGGAAAACCCAACGAAGCAGACAUUGCCGACAUUCUGGAUCUCAAGUACCUCAUCAUGACACAACGCAUCCCGGACGCUGUGGCGUUGGCGAAGAAGUGCAUCGAGCGUAAUCCACAACAGGCGUACUUCCACUACGCGAUCACGCUUGCGGCUGACAACGUGCAGGGUCUGCGAGCUGCGAAGAAGGGGUUGAAGUGCAAGCUCCUCACCCCCUUUGUCAAGUGGCAGUUGACGCAGCGCGCGGUCAUUCACGCUGCUGAUAUGGGCGUCAAAAUCCUCCAAGAUAUGCCAGACGUCGGUGACAAGCGGUGGGAAGAAGGUAUCGCGUUUUUGUCCAGCGCUUGCGAAGAUGCCAAAUCAUUCUUGGAGGGCGCUCCUCCCGACAAUCGCUACAUGAAAGACGUUGGAUAUUGGUACAUCCUACUCAGUAUGCUAUUGAAGGACGAUCUCAGCGCUGAUCUACAUGAACUCAAACCUGACCUCGAACGACUGAAAGCUGCUGAUGAAUUCAGCAUUUUCAUGGGACUCCCUCCCCCGAAGACGGAACUUCGCCUUGCUCAACAGACCGCCGUAAAGCAUUAUCCAGCAGCAAUCAAAGAGUUCUCCCGCGUCUUCGACCUGCUAGAUAAAUGCAAAGGCGAGGCAGGCUGUACAGCGCCUGACCAGGAUAAACUCGAGGACGACCUCGCUGCAUGGCUUGGUGACAUGAAACUCAAGGAUGGAACGAUGCAAAGUGUGGGCGCACGCUGUCCUGGUAACAUCGGGCAGGUAAAAGUCAGCUAUGAUCAGCUUACCUUGUACCGUUGCUCGUGGUGCGGAAAUCCGUCUGCAAUGUUGCGGAAAUGCGGGGGAUGUGCGAAGACUAGACAUGCAAACUUCAAACUUGAGCGCUGA